AUGAUGGUCUUCAUUUUCUUUGCUAUGGCGCUGUGCUUGGAACAUGAAUCCACUCCCCAAAUGACUGAUUGCAGGUAUUUAAGAGAGCAAUGCCUAAGUGAUGCAAAUGGGUGUAAAUAUGCAUGGAGACUAAUGGAAGAUUCCUGCAAUGAAUAUUAUAUAUUUGACUAAAACCCAGGUAACCUCUGCAAGAUGAAGGACUCAUCAAACUGUAACCUGAGCAUCCAGUCCUUGGUGGAAAGCAAUUUCCAAUUUGAAGAUUGUCUCUGCACUGAUAACCUCUAUUGUACUAUUAACAAAUUGCUUGGGGAACCAUGCAUCAAUGAAUCAGGUAACAUGGAAGAGGAUAAUCAAUCCAAGUGGAAUCUAACUACUCUUCCCUAUCAGGGAAUCAAAGGAAUCCAGUCCUGUUUGGAAGUGGCAGAGGCGUGUGUAGGGGAUAUGGUCUGUAACACACAGUUGGCCCCUUACCUUAAAGCUUGCUCAGCAAAUGGAAAUCUGUGUGAUGUGAAACACUGCCAAGCAGCCAUACGGUUCUUCUAUCAGAAUAUGCCUUUUAACAUUGCCCAGAUGUUGGCUUUUUGUGACUGUGCUCAAUCUGAUAUCCCUUGUCAGCAGUCCAAAGAAGCUCUUCACAGCAAGCCAUGUGCAGUGAACAUAGUUCCACCCCCUACUUGCCUCGAUGUAAUUCACAGCUGCCGAAAUGAUGAAUUAUGCAGGAGGCGCUAUAGAACAUUUCAAUCAAAAUGUUGGCAGCAUGUGACUAGAAAGUGCCAUGAAGAUGAGCUCUGCAUCAGUACCUUAAGCCAGCAGGACCUCAUUUGCUCAGGAAGUGAUGACUGCAAAGCAGCUUAUAUUGGUACCUUUGGGACAGUCCUUCAAGUACAGUGCACCUGUAGGACCAUUACACAAAGUGAAGAAUCUCUGUGUAAGAUUUUCCAACACAUGCUUCAUAGAAGAUCAUGUUUCGAUUAUCUGAAUCUGUCUAAUGCCAAAGGCAUGGCAUUGCAUAAAAGAAAACCUGCAAAGGAGAUAACUCUGAGUGGAUUUCAUUCCCCUUUCAAUGGAGAAGUAAUCUAUGCUGUCAUGUGCAUGACGGUCACCUGUGGAAUCCUUCUCUUGGUUAUGCUCAAGCUGAGAGCUUCCAGGAUAUCAAGUCAAACAAGAGAUCAUUCACCAAUCCAAAUACCUGGAGGACUGAUUCUUUAA